GACAUCGUGCCGUGAGUAGUAGACUGAGUACACGCACUACAGGUUGAUUUCCCUGGCUUCUUCUGAAUAGAAAUGCUGUCUUUCCCCAUCUUGAACAGCUUUGGGAAGCUGUGUGGAUCCACUAAAACUGAAGAAUUGGUGCUGGAGAAGGUGAAAUUCCGAAAUUCAGUCAAAAGGAUGUCAAUUAUUGAGGAUGGGGAUAUUGCAGAGGUCUUGUAUCUCAUUCCUAAGCAAAGCUUGCUGAAGCAACUGCCCUACUUGAAUCCAGAUGACUACUACUUAUGUGAGAGGUUACUUGGCGCUCCCGAGGAUCUGGUGGCCCAUCCUCAGGAACCUCACCACCCCUCUGAAAAGCCCGUCAUCCACUGCCAUAAAUGUGGGGAACCAUGUAAAGGUGAAGUACUCCGUGUUCAGGCCAGACACUUCCACAUCAAAUGCUUCACCUGCAAAGUGUGUGGCUGUGACUUGGCCCAAGGAGGCUUUUUCAUUAAGAAUGGGGAAUACCUUUGCACCUUGGAUUACCAGCGCAUGUACGGCACCCGCUGCAACGGUUGUGGGGAGUUCGUGGAAGGCGAAGUAGUGACAGCUCUGGGAAAAACUUACCAUCCAAGCUGCUUUGCCUGUACUGUUUGCAAGCGUCCAUUUCCACCAGGCGAUCGAGUUACCUUUAAUGGAAGAGACUGUCUCUGUCAGAUGUGUGCUCAGCCAAUGUCCUCCAGUCCAAAAGAACUGUCUUCCUCAAGCAAUUGCGCUGGCUGUGGGAGAGACAUAAAAAAUGGACAAGCAUUGCUAGCUCUGGACAAGCAGUGGCACUUGGGGUGCUUUAAGUGCAAGGCCUGCGGGAAGGUCCUCACUGGGGAAUACAUCAGCAAAGAUGGUGCUCCUUAUUGUGAAAAGGACUAUCAAGUUCUUUUUGGAGUCAAAUGUGAAGCAUGUCACCAGUUCAUUACUGGGAAGGUCUUAGAGGCAGGUGACAAGCAUUAUCAUCCAAGCUGUGCACGAUGCAGCAGAUGCAACCAAAUGUUCACGGAAGGAGAAGAAAUGUAUCUGCAAGGUUCCACUGUCUGGCAUCCCGACUGUAAGCAAUCCACUAAGACUGAAGACAAGCUGCGGCAUUCCUCAUCUGAGUUCUUUUAUCCAAAGAGUCUGGUUCUGCGCAGGCCACGCUCUGCAGAGCUAUUAUCACCGCCUUGCAUAAUGAACUCUAUCAAAAAAUUAAGGCAGCCUACAAGAACAUCAUCAGAAAGCAUUUAUUCCAGACCAGGUUCCAGUAUACCUGGCUCUCCAGGCCACACUAUCUAUGCAAAAGUAGACAAUGAAAUCCUUGAUUACAAGGAUUUAGCAGCCAUUCCCAAAGUCAAGGCCAUUUAUGACAUUGAACGUCCAGACCUAAUUACUUAUGAGCCAUUCUACACUUCCGCCUACGAGGACAGACAGGAGAGACAGAGUCUUGGAGAGUCUCCAAGGACGUUAUCACCUACCCCUUCUGCAGAAGGUUAUCAAGAUGUUCGGGAUCGCAUGAUACACAGGUCUACCAGUCAGGGCUCCAUUAAUUCUCCAGUCUACAGUCGUCAUAGCUACACACCCACCAUGUCACGUUCCCCUCAGCAUUUCCACAGACCUGGCAAUGAGCCGUCCAGCGGUCGGAACUCCCCUGUCCCCUAUCGGCCCGACAGCCGCCCUCUCACUCCAACUUACGCUCAGGCCCCUAAACAUUUCCAUGUUCCAGAUCAAGGGGUCAACAUCUACAGAAAACCACCCAUCUACAAACAACAUGAUGCAGCUGCUUUGGCAGCACAGAGCAAGUCCUCCGAGGAUAUCAUCAAGUCCUCCAAGUUCCCAGCAGCUCAUGCACCAGCACCCAACGAGAUACCAAAGAUUGAGACCGACCACUGGCCAGGUCCUCCCUCCCUUGCAGCCGUAGGAGCUGACAUGAGACGCAGAUCAAGUGGAAGAGAGGAAGAUGAUGAGGAGCUACAGAGACGUCGGCAGCUGCAGGAGGAACAGCUAAUGAAGCUCAACUCUGGUCUGGGACAAUUGAUAUUGAAAGAAGAAAUGGAAAAGGAGAGUCGUGAUAGGUCAGCGCUUUCUGCCAGUCGUUAUGAUUCUCCAGCACAUGCUUCAGCAUCCAAAACCUCUUCUCUCCCUGGCUAUGGAAAAAAUGGACUUCACAGGCCGGUGUCUACAGAUUUUGGUCAGUACAACAGUUAUGGGGAUGUGAGUGGUGGUGUUAGAGAUUUCCAGUCCCUUCCGGAUGGUCAUGUCCCUGGAAUGAGAAUGGACAGAGGAGUAUCUAUGCCUAACAUGUUGGAGCCAAAGAUUUUUCCAUAUGAAAUGCUCAUGGUGACCAACAGAGGGAGAAAUAAAAUACUAAAAGAUGUAGACAGAACCAGACUUGAGCGUCACUUAGCACCUGAAGUUUUCCAAGAAAUAUUUGGCAUGACGAUACAGGAGUUUGACAAGUUACCUCUCUGGAGACGCAACGACAUGAAGAAAAAAGCAAAACUCUUUUAAUCUCCCUUUAAACAAACCAACAAAAAAUGAUGCGUAGGAUAUUAUGUCAUAUACUCCAAACUAUUUGGAAGCAACUACUUAUCCACCAAAAAGGGAAAAUCGCUUAGUGGCACCUCUGUACGCAGCAAUUCAACAAGAUGAACGUUUGCUCUUCUGGAACACAGGGAGAAUAUGUCUGGGUUCAGAAACAACAACGAUGAUAUAUCGUUUUCAGAGGUGUCGACCUGUUACAUGAUAUUAUACAAGAUAGGAAACUGCUCUGUUCUUCUCCCUCAAUUAUAUUCCCUUUACUUCUCUCCACAACAUGAUGGACUUUAUUGCUAGAGCCAGGAAGUGCCCUUAGGUUGCCUUGUAGACUAAAGUAGUUGUAACCACUCCAAGAACUGGAAAAGAAUAUAUAUAUAUAAAUAUAUAUAUAUAUGUGUGUGUUUGCGUGUGUGUGCGCACAUGUAUUUAUAUCUAUCCAUCUAUCUAUGUGUGUGCGUGUGUGUAUGUGUAUAUAUGUGUAUAUAUUUGGAGAGGAAGGUAGAUAGAUGCUCGGUAGUGAAGGAGAAGCCCUUUUUAUCGUAUCCACACAAUCACAUUAAGUUUUUCACACAACUGUUUCUUAAUUGGCACUCUUUUGAAAUGGAAUCUUCGCGUGAAUCAGUCCACAAAGGUGGGUGCUCUGCUCACUUUCAGUACAUACCAGUUGAAUUUCUGGAAAAUGGGCUCCUUGUACUUGUAUAUAUUUGCUAGGAUGUAGGAAGUGAAUUGCUGUGUCUGUUGUCAGUCUUCCCUCUUCCACACUUUCUGCUUGAACUAAUAAGGACGGAGCUUAACCAGUCAUUUAAGAUCACUUAAGUAAUGGGAAUGAUGGAGAAGAGUCAGUUUUCUUGUAAUUCAGUCCAGGAGAUGGGUGGAUGGGCGUGGGAGUGACAGAGUGAGAAAAUGCUUUUUCAAGUGUGCCCUGGUUCGCACCCAGAGAUUUUGGGACAGAAUCCCUGCUAGUAAUUCCUAGUGCAGCUCAUCAGGCUGCGGUGGAGCUGUAGGAUUUUACAUCAGCAGAGAAGAUGCUUCUCUGCAAACUAACACUCAAAUUCAUCCCUCUGUGGGAAGAAUGUUUAUGAAUUAAAAGGUACCAUCGAGGUGCCAUGCUUUGCCGAUAGAGGCUUUUUGAUUAAAUCGCAGUUGCUGUUGUCAGUACGGCACAGUGCAUGGGGCCAAGCACUCUUUUUAGUUAAUGUAGUUUUCACUUGUGCUUGGAAAAGAGGGCACAGAGAUUUUUUUUUUCCCUCUCUUGAAGCUUCAAAGCUCCAGCCUUGGUUAUUUUUAUUUCCCUUUGUGCCUGACUUGGUUUGUGAAGACAGAGUAAUCAUGCAAGACAGUUUCUGAGCUGCGUUGAUCUUCUUACUGCUUUCGGUCUUCUUCCAAUAUGCUGCAGCUUAAAAAACUGCUUGUAUAUACCUUAACUGCUUCUGGGCAAGUCCUAUACAGAGGAGGACAUGAGCACCAAAGUAACUGAAUGAAUGCGUUGCGGCUGCAAGGUCAGCUUUUUCUCCUCCUUGGUGCUUAACUGCCAAUGCAUACUGCACUAACGAGCCCAUCUCCUGAUACCGGAGAGGGUCAUUUCGGUUCUGUGUCUAUCAAAGAAUAUCAAGGUUUCAUUUUGAAUGCAGAAACUUUUGGCACUGGAGACAUCAGAACCUUUGUAUUUUCUGUUAUAUGAGACAUUUGUGUUAAAACCUGGAAGUCAGGAAGAGAAAACAGUCCCGUGUAGUUGUGAGAUUCAGUAUCACUGUGUUGAGUUCUUUAUAUCACCAAAUGGCAUUUCACCAUCAAACGUGCAGGACAGCCCAAAUCCUGCCUCUUCUUUUCUGGUUUAGGAAGUCCUGUCGCGACAGAUCACUGUGGUUUCUUUGAUAAAAUCUGAGUAGAAGAUGCAGUGUAUGAGAAAUAGAUACGAGGGGUCAGCAGCUGCUCCAUGUCCCUAGAGCUAAGGGAACAGCCAGUCUAUGGGAUAAGUGGGAGAAUGUGCUACUGUGCAGGUCUGGCAUCAGUCCCCACUGAGCAGAAGUCCUCAGUGAAUGCUGUGACACAUGCAAUUGUGAGUAAGCUCUCCGGACUACCGAGAGUGCAGCAAGGAUAGUUUGACAUGUGUUACUUCAUUUUUCAGAACAACAAUCUGAAAGGGCUUUUGAGGAGCACUGAGAAGUAAAAGGGAACGGUUUUCCCCUUAGCAGUUCAAGAUACGUUUUUGAGUGACUGCUGAAACCAAAUCCAUGCGUUGAAAGAACAGCCACGUUUUACAGUCACAGACUUUGGGACUGCUGGAAUCUCAGAAAUUCAGGGCUUGUCGCUUCCCAGAUGAGGCUUAAUGUUUAUGGAUUAAAAAUAUGAAAAUCCUCUGAAUUUUGUCAGCCUGCAUUGUAUAGACAAAACUGUGCUGCUGCCUCUCAAACACAGUAGGCAUUAUGGGUCUUUUAGCCCAAGUCACCUCAACAAUAAACCUUUUUGAUCUGAUGACUUGUGCUCUCAAGGAUGUGAGGUGCCAGCGUGCGCUUUUCUGCCCCCAUCCUGAGAUUACUACUGAACUUCUCACAGAUAUAUGAAUACACAACCCAGUCAUUUGAACGAUGACUCAGACAGGUUGUUUUCUCUCCUUUUCCUCCUCUCUCAAAAAGAGAAAAAAAAAAAAAAAGUUUUUAAAGAAAGAGAACCCAGCGUCCUGUGAAGAACGACAGGGUAAUUGUAUCUGCCUCGUCAACUGAGAACUUAAAGCUGCAAUUGCAGCUUGGGAAAGAAUGACGAGAAGCCAGCUUAGAUGCUGCAGAAACAAGUAAUCUCUAACUAGGUUUUUGGGCCACUGCUGGUUCUUCACGUCUCACAGGUGUGGAGCUUAGUCAGUCCACAGCCCUCUGCACUAGACUUAAUACUGCUUUAUUUCCAAUUGAAAACAUGAAGGGUUUUCUGAGCUUUAAUUUUAUACCUGUAGUUAAUUCCCCUUAACUAUCCCAACCAUCUCUAUGUAGACACACCCCAAGAGACUGCAUCUCCAUAAAAACCACACUGUAGCCAGACACAAGGUGGGUGUUUUCUGCAGUAGGCUGCUAGCAGUUGUCACUGCAACCUUUUCUGUUCUUUCAUCUGGUCUUCCCACCUAACAAAAACAGAAACCUAGCCCCAGAGAGAAUUUUCUUUGUAAGCAAUGAAUCAUUUCCUAGUAUCAACUGAGUAGUAUUUUCUUGGAUCAUCCUUUGUAAUCCCUCUUCAAUAUUCCCUUGAGUCAUGUCAGAGGUUGACUAGAUGAUUUUUUAAACGUCUCUUCCAACCCAAACUAUUCUAUGAUUCUAUGUAUAUGGCUUAAGUACAUGCUUAAGUUCUUCUAUCUCCAGCAAAGUGUUGGAGCUUCUGAUGCAAUCCUAUCAAACUCAGUGCUGUCAAGGAAGGUGCCAUUGCCAAGAAAACUGAAUGCUUUUGUCUUGUAUUUUUCCCCUUUUCUGCUUUAGAGAUGAUGUAAGAGCAAAGACCUGUCAAAACAUUUAUUUGGGGUGUCAUCACAAAAUAACCACACGUGUGUGCAUCAGGUUAUGUACACAUGCAGAUUCUCUGUUGCAGGUGCCCGUGUAGCACGCGCAGUCCCCAUUUGGAGUUGGGUUACUAUGUGAGUAGUUAAUCUGGAAUUUCCAAACAGUGCAUAGUCUUGAAAAGACAGUGGUCAUUAAGUAAUGAAGGUUGUCCUUUGCAUAUGUGCUUUUAUCUGCAGGGCUUGUGGAUACCUGAUGCUGUGAUACAACAAGUGAGCAAAAGGCAGGGCCAGUUUUCCACAUCAUGGAAAUGCCAGGGUGGCCACAGGUAAUAUUAUUUAGAAGGCCUCCUCAGACAUGUGAACGCUUGCAGCACUCAUCCCUGUCAGCGCUUAGAUGGAAGGGUAAUCCCUUAUGCAGUAGUCUUCAUGUUAACGGGGAAUCCAGAGGUCUCACUGGGUUCUGUGCCCUUUCCAGCUACUGGUGUGAUAAUUUCCAUAUGAACAAGUAGAGAGCUGUUCUGUGUUAUAGUACGAACAGCUGGACAUACCCUCUAUACCUGUGCCUUAAUGCAGAGUAAGCUCCAGCCUACUGUGAGUCAGAAGUUGAAACAAAUAUGUUGUUCGUCAUCUCUGAAGACAGCAGAAUUAAGCCAACUUGAAGAGCAGAUUUGGAAAUUACUAAACUAUCCACUAUUUCUUAGUGAAACAAAGUGAUCUAUUGUGGCUUCCGAUUAGGAAACUGAAUGUAGCAUCUCAGCUCAGCCAGUGUCUGAUCCCUAACCUGCUGAACUUUCUGUACAACUUGAAGGGUAAGUCCUUGUGAAGUUUGUUCACAGAAUUUUAUGGAAGUUUCUUAAUUAUUUGUUGUCAUCUCCUGCUGGUGUCAUUUAUGACAGGUUUCAGUGGCAUGGAAACAUAGAAUGGUUUGGGUUGGAAGGGACCUUAAAGAUCAUGCAGUUUCAAGCCUGCUGCC